CUAUGUGUCAUACCUUAAUCGCGUUUUCUCGGUGAUGCACUGAAUUCUCACUGAUUUCCGGUCUAAACAAUUUGUGUAGCCGAGAGAAAUAUCGUAGACAAGUGACUACAUCGUCGUUGGACCAUCCCUGUCCGAAUAAUUUCAAUUGGAAGUUGCAACUCGUCAAGGCCUUCCAGUGAGUGCUAUAACCCUAAAUGGAUCAGGAAACCAGAAGGAAGGGGCCUCGCAGUCCCAGUGCUGACUCCGACGACUCUUCACAUCGAAGGAGAUCGAGGAAGUACGACCGAGACCGAUCACCAUCACCCAGGAGAAGCAGGUACAGGCGAUCUAGAUCGAGAGAGCGGAGGUCUGGCUCCAGGGAGAGGAGACGAAAAGAGUCCAGAUCUCAGGAUUGGAAUAAAUCUAAUCCUCAGACAACUGCUCCACCGACUACGACAGCCCCUGGCAAUGCAUAUGUUCCACCGGUUCUUAAUCAGUAUCAGGCUCCGCCGCCACCGAAUGCAGCCCAGCCCCCGCCGCAGCCCAUUCCACCUUACAACCAAGGCUAUGGAAAUUAUAACUACACCUAUAAUCAGGGAUAUGACUACACCUAUCAGCAAGCGCCUGGCUAUCGUAGUGAUUAUCCACCCCCUAAUUGGCAAGGGGGGCAGGUGGCUUACAAUAAUCAACCAGCGCCUUCUGCGCCGCUACCACCCAGUGACGCAUCAAGGCCUGUAGAGCCAGUACCUCCAGGACUUACGGCACCUUUACAAAGACCUGAUGAUGCCAAGAAAGAAGCUGUUCAAGCUGAAGUUAAGCAACAGAGAGCAACAUUGGUGAAACAACGUGACGGUUACGUGAAGAAAUCGACGACUCUUCAAAGGGAAUUGGAAAUUCUCCGUCAGCAGUGUAAUGAGAUUGGAAAAGAGAGCGGACGUGAGAAUAACAGAAUCGUCAAAGAGAAUCAAAAGCUACAGGUGGAGAUUCAGAAUAAAAUGAGAUCGAUUCACAAUGUGAUCGACAUGUUGACUGGAAUAAUUGGAGAUGAGGCAACUAUUGAUGAUCUCAAAACCAAAUUUAAGGUUGAGGCAUCAAAAAAACGCUCUCGCAGCCCUAAAGAGGAUUUCCCAAAGCCCAAUCCACCUGAUACACCUGAAAAAUCAUCAGCUUCGGAAAAUGAGAAAGAAAUCAAGAGUGAUAGGGAUAGAAAGAUCGCGAGGAAUGUCGAGGAGGAUUCUAAACCCAUGUACAAUUUUGUUCACUAUGAUCCGGAAAUGCAUUGGUGCAAGAUCUGCAAUAUUUUUCCAAAGACAGCUAAGGAGUAUUUGAAUCAUCUCCAUUCAGCUGAACACAAGGAGACUUGUUUGGAACGUAAAAUCGUCGAUAUGCCAUGGCAUGAGAAGAAUGGAGAGGGAACUGAAAAGGAAGUGCCGUAUUAUACUGGUCUACCUACUAAAAGGACACCAAUCAAAGGACUUCAAUUCUUCAGUGCCGCAACAGCCUGGUAUUGCAAACUCUGUGACUCAUGGAUUGGUGAUCUUCACUGCGCCAGUCUUCACUUGAAGUCCAAACGACACUCCGAGACUUAUUCGCGAUUCGUUGAGCAAAGUCCUCACUGGGAGACAGACUGGAUGGCUGACCGUGAGAAGGCGUUUUCGGAUGAGCGCCAGAAGCAGAUGCAGCUCGAGCUCCAAAAGCAAAAGGAGGACGAGCCACCAUCUUUGCCUCCGCCAAAGUCCAAAAAAUCAAAGAAAUCAAAGAAGAAUAAAAAAAAAUCCAAAAAACGAAAAAAUAAAAGUAGCAACAGCGAGAGUUCCAGUGAUUCUGAGAACACGGACAGCGAUUCCGAUCAAGACAUGUCCAAAAGCAUUCGCGUGGCAAUGCGAAACAAGAUGAAAGCUUCGACUCAGGCUAUUCUCAACGAAGAAAUAGACUACCACGGAAUUAAACUGAAGGGACAUUGGAGUCACGUACCCGAGAGUAAAAUGGACAAUCAUCACUCCCAAGAGAACGAUGACCGUCAGCUUCUGAAUUCAAUUCGUGAAAAACUAAAAGCAAAACAAGAGGAAGAGAUGAAGCAGAAAAAUGAAAGACGUUCCAGUCAGGAGCAGUUGGUCCAGCAAAUUGAGCCCGAGAAGGUAUACCCUCCAAAGCCAGAACCGCCCCUGGAGGCGUGGGGACCAAAAGAACCUCCUAAGCCCUUUUGGAUAAAAAAGGACGAGGAGAAAUCUUCGAAAUCUACGGACAUACCAAAAUCUGAGGAUCUGCCAAAGCCUCACAUGGGUUUUUGGACGAAACAACAAGUAAAUAUGCCAGUAAAACCACCGGAGAAAUUCGAAAAGGAGGAAGAGAGAGAUAGAGAUCGUUAUCGCGAUGAUCGCGAUAGAAAAUACGACAGACGUGACGAUAAGUACCACAGCAGGUACGACAGAUACGAUAGGCGACGAGACAGAGAUCGUGAUUACUACGACGACAGAAGAAAGGACAGACGAAGUGACGACAGCCCAAGGCGAGACAGAAACUGGCGAGAGAGUCCAAAACGUGGAUAUGACAAGUACAAAGAUCGAAGGGAAGACGAGUCGACAGAGGAGUCAAAAUUUGAGAAAAAAACAAAUGAAUCUGCGAAGCAGAAAAAAAGUUCAGCACCUUUGAAGAAAACUCCAGCUCCAGCCCCAAGCAAGGGAAAGCUUCCAUUUAUUGGUAGACUUCCACUGUUUAAAAAGAAGAAUGAAGAAGUCAAAACAACGGAGAGAGACAUUGCACCGUUGCCCUAUGUGCAGAGUAAAUUUGAGGACACACCGCAGGUGCCUUCUGAGAUAAUAAAUCCACCAGGUGUUGUACACAUAACAAAAUUAGCAACACCUGUUGCCUUGAAUAACAUUCCUCCUAAAAAUCAGUCGAUGAAAAUUUUGGUAGCCCCACCACCGCCAGUAUUAAAUACCUCAACAACACCAAAGAGUUCAGCGACUGUUGUGACACAAGUGGUGGAUAUGGAAAUCGAGGAUCAGUCUGAGGAAACGAUAAUCGAGGAGCCCAUUGUGGAGAAUUCCAAGAGUAGUGGACAGUCGCAUCAUGAGAAAUCAUUUACUGCGGAGCAGAAUGAUGUGACCACUCCUGUUGUCUUCAGCACAACACAACCACCCCCUUUCAUCCCAACAAAUUCAUCUCAUUUUACUCAAAGUGACCCUCGGUUUCCCGUGAGACCUCCAACUGUUACGUACACACAUCCACCACCUGUUCAGACCCCCUAUGCACCGAUGGCCAUGCCCACGGUGGAGACUGCUCAUCCGGAAGCUGUGGAGACACCGGAAGUUGGCAAAGCCGCUGCUGAUCCCAGUCAACCACUUCCACAAGAUCUACAAGAAGCCCUCAACAUUAUUUUCCCGAAGGACAAUGCUGACGCCAAGAAUGAAAAUCAGAUUGAGCAUAAUGUUAUGUAUGGGUCUAUGUACGACAGCAUGCUGGGCUGUGUGGGAUACGGACCGGAGUAUAUGGAUCAACCACCACCGGAGAUAACUCAAGCGGAAGUCGAACCUGACGGGCAACCUGGACCUGACGAUCUCCGAAUGCUCGGCAUUGACGAGGGUGAUACUAUUCUGUAAUUAAUUGUUUGAAUGGAAGAGGGGGGAGGGGGUAGCGCAGGGAGAUCAAUUGUGAAAUAGUUUUUACAUGAUUAUUGAGUUUCAAGGUGAAAUUUAUGGUUUUAUCUUGUGCUGUGUGUGUCUCUGUUCGUGAGGGAGCUUUUAUUUGUUACAUUUUAAUGUUUACUCUGGAGGUAAUUAUAGGUAAUAAAGAGAGUCGAGGCAA